AUGUUCUCGAAAGAAGUCAACGACGCCAGCAGCAGCAGCAGCAAUAGCAGCACGAAACGCAAUCUCAUCGUCGUCUCCAACCGACUCCCUCUCUCUGUCAAGCGGAGCGAAGAUGGUUCGUACCUGUCGAGCAUUUCGAGCGGUGGGUUGGUCACCUCAUUGUCGGGGCUUACCAAAACAACCUCCUUCCAAUGGUUUGGAUGGCCGGGACUCAAUCCCAAGGAGCCAGAAGAGCGUGAAGAAAUCAGACGCAGUCUGUCAGCCCAUAACGCAGUACCCGUCUUUCUCGAUGAACGGCUUGCCCAAGCCCAUUAUAAUGGGUUCUCCAACUCCAUCUUGUGGCCCAUCCUCCACUAUCAAUCAGGAGUAACCUUUGACGAAGAACCAUGGAACGCGUACAAAAAGGUCAAUGAGAUCUUUGCAGAUUAUAUCACGGAAGCCGCGCAGAACGGUGAGAUGAUUUGGGUGCAUGACUAUCAUUUGAUGUUGCUGCCUCAGAUGCUGAGGGAACGCAUGACAAGGAAGGGUAGAAGCCCCUGUAUCGGAUUCUCCCUUCACACGCCUUUUCCGGCGGCGGAAGCGUUGCGGGUAUUGCCUGUAGCGAGGGAUCUGUUGCAGGGUAUGCUGUCGAGUACUGUAGUUGGGUUUCAUACUGAAGACUAUCGAAUGAAUUUCGCAGAGAGCUGUCACAACCUGCUGGGAGCAAAACCUCAGGAUCAUAUGAUUUUCUUCAAAGAUCGAUUAGUGAGAACCGGCAAAUUCACCGUGGGUAUCGACCCUGGGAAAUUCACAGACACGCUCAAGAAAGAUGACGUCCAGGAUCGUAUUCAACAACUGGGCGAGCGGUACAAGGAUGUAAAAGUUAUUCUCGGCGUGGAUCGACUCGACUACAUCAAGGGUCUUACUCAAAAACUACAUGGUUACGAACAAUUUCUCACCGAAUACCCAAACUGGCAGGGUAAAAUCGUACUUAUACAAGUUGCGGUUCCGAGUAGAGAAGACGUCAAGGAGUAUCAAGACUUAGAAACACAGAUUAGUUGCCAGGUGGGCAAGAUAAACGGAAAAUUCAGCCACGCUGAUUACGCGCCAAUAAUUUACCUCCAUAAAUCGAUCCCUUUUAGCGAGCUGGCCGCUUUGUACUCUAUUGCAGACGUUUGCUUACUCACCUCUAGUCGUGAUGGAAUGAACCUGGUGGCCUUUGAGUAUGUUGCCUGCCAGGAACAAAGGAACGGGGUCCUUGUGCUGUCUGAAUUUGCGGGUGCAUCCGUUUUCAUGGGCAAUGGAAUAAUAAAGUUCCAUCCUGCUAAUACCAAGGAGAUAUCACAAUCGAUACACAAAGCGCUACUCAUGAAUAAGGAGGAACGGAAGGAGAGGUAUGGUAAGCUGCGGCGGUUUAUCGAUGAGAAUACAAGUGCUAAAUGGGGCCAUGAUUUUGUAGAAAAGUUGUCUGCAGGGGCACAGUAG